CGUGGCUGCGGGACGGGCGCUGCAGCGGGAGCGGCUGCGGGACGCGGGGCACGGAAUGUGCUGGGCUGAGCGGCUGCAGCAGGCACGGAGCAGCGGGGGAUGGACCUGGAAGGUGUGACUGAUUUCCAAGCCCUCCGAGCCAAAUUCCAGAAUGACCCCGCUUUGGUCAGCAGGAUGGGGCAGCCGGGCCAGACUCCUCCAGCGGGGAUCGCUCCCAAACCCGGCUUUGUUGGGAUCACCACAUCCAGCCCUCUGCCCCCGACCAGGAGAGAGGUGAAAACCUUCACACCUGCCCAUCCCACCUCUCAGCCCCCUGUGCCCACCCUGCACAGCCCCCUGGCCAGGCUGGGUUAUGGGGAGCACACCAAAGCGUUCCAGGGCAUCGGCACCGCGGAGAAAGGGCUGAGCUCUCCCGAGAACAGCUCAGAAAAACCUCUCUCAUCCCAUGGCACUGACCAGCAAGAACCAAGCCAAGCAUCUCCAGAGGACCCUCAGCUCCCAGAGUCUUUCCAGCACGCCCUGCAGAUCUGGGAGGAGACUUUAUCCCGCAAUGAGAAAGCAACUCCAAAGCUUCCAACCCAACGGGCGGCAAACUCAGCUCCCUCUGCCUCGGGCAGAGAGUGGAGGCGACCCUCAGGCAGCUCCCCUGGGCUGGACUGGCGUGCCCAGAGGGAAGAUAUCCUUCCCCAGGCUCCCAGGGGACACAGGAGCUCUGAUGGAGCCGGUGCUGAGGGUGUGGUGGCAUCUGCGUGCUGCCAGUUGGGCUAUGGUGCACCAAGAGAGCCACCCCGGCACCAGAAAGAAUCAGAGCUCCCCUUCUGCCAGCCUGGAGCAGGAACAUGGUCCUACAGCCCCGGGAGGAAAUGGCCAAGGAUUAAACCUCUCCCUCCAGCCGAAUCCCUGGGUCCUGCCCCUGGGAAGCCUCCAAGACCCCCAAAGUUUGAUCUCAGAGCUUUCCAGAGCCUCCUGCCUUUGACCCACAGAGGAAAUGAAACAACUGCUGGAGAAGAGGAUUACCUGAGCCCCGAAAG